GCGGGAAGGCGGCCCAAACCUCCAUUGAACUUGCUCAGCUGCAUAGGUUGCCCGAUAUCCCUCUGCUAAGCACUAUCCCUCCACUGCUUGAUCCAGAUUUAUUCACAUUUCAAGAAAUUUCCUAUUCCUGGUAUAACAAGGUUCCGCUCUCGGUUGUGAAAGAUUGUCUUCCACAAUUACCAAUUUUGACGGACCUGAUUAAUUCCUCGUUUACUACUUCUGUAUUCCCGCGUGCCUUGAAAAAGGCGGAGGUUAUCUCUCAGCCCAAAGAUGGAGACCAAGAGGUAGCAGAUAAUAACCGCCCCAUCUCGCUUCUCCCUGUUCUCUCUAAGGUUGCAGAGAAGAUUGCUCUUGGCCAAUUUAGCAACUACAUGACACGAAUUAACAGAUUGAUUCAACAUCAAAGUGGUAA